AUGCGCUGGAUGUCCCUGCUGGAGGUGAUUGUGGCGGGGAAGGACUGCUUGGUGGCAGGCGAUUCGUGUUCCAGUGACGAGAGCUGCAGUCCUCGCCUCCGGACCCUUCGUCAAUGUGUGGCGGGGAACGGCAACAUGAAGCUGGGCCCCGGGGCCAGGAGCCAGUGUGCUAAUGCGGUGUCCGCUCUGCUCUCCAGUCCGCUGCACGGCUGCCAGUGCAAGAGAGGCAUGAAGAAAGAGAAGAACUGUCUGAGCAUCUACUGGAGCCUGCACCAGUCUGUCAUCCACGGCUUGAAUCUGGUGGAGAAUUAUCCCUAUGAGACGGUGCACAAGGAUUACGACUACGUCCGUCUGGCCUCUAUCACAGCUGACGCUGAGGCCGGCUUGACAACUGUGAACCGCUGCCUGGACGCGGCGAAGGCAUGCAACGUGGACGACACAUGCCAGAAGCUGCGCACCGAAUACGUGUCGGUGUGCAUCAAGCCCACCGCCAAGUCAGGCUUGUGCAACCGGCCCAAGUGCAACAAGGCUCUGCGCAAGUUCUUUGACCGCGUGCCAGAGGACUACACCCACGAGCUGCUCUUCUGCCCCUGCACGGACACGGCCUGUGCUGAGCGACGCCGACAGACGAUCGUGCCCAGCUGCUCCUACGAAAGCUCAGAGAAACCCAGCUGUCUCACCCAGAUGCAGAUCUGUAAAGCUGACUAUGUUUGCAGAUCUCGCCUGGCACAGUUUCAGUACGAUUGUGCUCCAUCCGAAACAUCGCCCACAGGCUGCAAGCAGGACAACUAUGGAACUUGUCUGCUCGCCUACACAGGCCUCAUUGGAAGUACAAUAACUCCCAACUAUGUGGACAACUCCACGUCCAGUGUGGCGCCGUGGUGCUCGUGCGCAAACAGCGGCAGCAAGCAGGACUGCGAAGACUUCAUGGGACUCUUCUCUCACAACAUCUGCCUGCGUAAGUCUGGCUGUCGUGCAUCCCACUUCAUCCCACUUGUCUGUCUCUCCCCCUUUCUCUUCUAA